UCCACAGGCUCUGGACAAAGAACUUGUCCUGCCUGAAGGAUGCCGAAGUGCAAGCAGGAUUCCAGCUAACGUCUGCUUGCCAGCUGAGAGGGAACUACAACCUCUGUGAGCUUCUGCACUCCAACAGCUGAAACUGCUCUGAGCUACUUCAUUCUCCAGUUGGGCUUUUGCUUUUCAUCCAGAGACUUUGGCUUGGCUGUUUCACUCCAUCAGGAAAGGAAUAAAGUCACCAAGAUGGUAAAGAAAAAGUCUGAUGUUUACUCAGUUGAGAUCUACGGGACAAAAGAUCUAGAAAAAACAGAGAUGGGAGAUGAAGAGGAGAAGUACAAAGACUUGAAAGGCAACAAGAAAAAAAAGACGACAGAAGACCUUAAGAAAGAACUGGAGCUGGAUGACCACAAACUCAGCGCUUCAGAACUGGAGGAAAAGUAUGGUACAAGCGUUAACAAAGGUCUCUCUAGUGCAAGAGCAGCAGAGAUUUUGGCUCGGGACGGUCCCAACUCACUCACUCCUCCUAAAGCCACUCCUGAAAUUGUUAAGUUCCUCAAGCAGAUGGUGGGAGGGUUUUCCAUCCUCUUAUGGAUAGGAGCUGUCUUCUCCUGGAUUUCAUUUGGCAUUCAGUUUGCCCAGGGAGCCGAGUCACCCUUUGACAAUCUCUACCUUGGAGUAGUCCUGGCAGUGGUUGUUAUCCUCACUGGUAUCUUCGCUUACUAUCAAGAAGCUAAAAGCACAAACAUCAUGGCCAGCUUCAGUAAAAUGAUUCCACAGCAAGCUCUCGUCAUCAGAGAUGCAGAAAAGAAGGAACUGUCAGCAGACCAGCUGGUGGUUGGAGACAUCGUGGAAAUAAAGGGCGGAGAUAGGAUCCCUGCAGACAUUCGUCUGAUCUUUACUCAGGGUUGUAAGGUGGACAAUUCUUCACUCACAGGGGAAUCGGAACCACAGUCUCGUUCCUGUGACUUCACCCAUGAGAACCCUUUGGAGACCAAGAACGUUGCAUUCUACUCUACCACCUGUGUGGAAGGCACUGCUACUGGCAUUGUAAUCAACACCGGGGAUCGCACUAUCAUCGGGCGGAUUGCCUCUCUCGCAUCGGGAGUAGGACACGAAAAAACACCCAUUGCUAUCGAGAUAGAACACUUCGUCUACCUGGUGGCAGGAGUGGCCAUUUCCAUCGGUGUUCUCUUCUUUAUUAUAUCUGUUUCUAUGCGAUACAAAAUUCUGGACUCCAUCAUCUUUCUCAUCGGCAUCAUCGUGGCAAAUGUGCCAGAGGGACUGCUAGCCACAGUAACGGUGAGUUUGUCUCUGACAGCCAAGCGGAUGGCGAAGAAGAACUGUUUGGUGAAGAACUUGGAAGCUGUAGAAACACUCGGUUCUACCUCCAUCAUCUGUUCCGACAAGACAGGGACCCUCACACAAAACAGGAUGACUGUUGCUCACCUCUGGUUUGAUAAUCAGAUCUACUCAGCUGACACCAGUGAAGAUCAAACAACCCAGCCUUUUGAUCAAAGUUCUCCAUCAUGGACAGCAUUAUCAAAAAUUGUAACUCUCUGCAACCGGGCAGAAUUCAGACCAGGACAGGAAAAUCUCCCAAUAAUGAAGAGAGUCGUGGUAGGUGAUGCCUCUGAAACAGCUCUGCUGAAAUUCGCAGAAGUCAUUUUGGGUAAUGUCAUGAAUAUUAGAGAGCAGAACAAGAAAGUGGCUGAAAUUCCUUUCAACUCUACCAACAAAUUCCAGCUUUCCAUUCACGAGACUGACGAUCCCAACGACAAGCGCUUUCUGCUGGUGAUGAAGGGUGCGCCAGAGAGGAUUUUAGAGAGGUGCAGCACCAUCAUGAUCAAUGGCAAAGAAGAACCACUGGACAGUGAAAAGGCAGCAGCUUUCCAAACAGCAUACAUGGAGCUGGGGGGCAUGGGAGAGAGAGUGCUGGGUUUCUGUCACUUGUACCUGCCUGAAAAUGAGUUUCCGGACACCUACCCAUUUGACACAGAUUCCAUGAACUUCCCAACCUCCAACAUGUGCUUUGUUGGGCUCUUGUCUAUGAUUGACCCACCUCGCUCCACGGUGCCAGAUGCUGUCUCAAAAUGUCGCAGUGCCGGGAUCAAGGUUAUCAUGGUCACGGGCGACCACCCAAUCACGGCUAAGGCCAUUGCCAAGAGCGUAGGCAUCAUUUCAGCCACCAGCGAGACUGUGGAAGAUAUUGCGAAGCGCCUCAACAUUCCUGUUGAGCAAGUCAAUAGACGAGAAGCUACAGCAGCAGUAAUUAAUGGGAUGGAGCUGAAGGAUAUGAGCUUGCAGCAGCUGGAUGAAAUCUUGUGUAACCACUCAGAGAUAGUCUUUGCACGGACAUCACCCCAACAGAAACUGAUUAUAGUUGAAGGCUGCCAAAGGCAGGGAGCAGUCGUUGCCGUGACCGGAGAUGGAGUCAAUGACUCCCCUGCUCUUAAAAAAGCAGACAUUGGAAUUGCUAUGGGUAUUGCUGGUUCUGAUGCAGCUAAAAACGCAGCUGAUAUGGUACUGCUGGAUGAUAACUUUGCUUCUAUCGUCACAGGAGUGGAGGAAGGCCGUCUGAUCUUUGACAACCUGAAGAAAACCAUUGCCUACACCCUGACUAAGAAUAUUGCUGAGCUGUGUCCCUUUCUCAUCUACAUUAUUACCAGCAUUCCAAUGCCCAUUGGCACUAUCACCAUCCUAUUCAUUGACCUGGGCACAGACAUUAUCCCCUCUGUCGCAUUAGCCUACGAAAAAGCCGAAAGCGAUAUUAUGAACAGGAGACCUCGUAACAAAAUGAAAGACAGGCUGGUGAAUGAGCAGCUCGCUGUAUACUCCUAUCUGCAGAUCGGUAUCAUACAGUCAGUGGGAGCCUUUAUAACCUAUUUUACCGUGUAUGCUGAACAAGGUUUCCUCCCUUCCACGCUGCUUGGUGUGCGAGUCAACUGGGAAAACAAUGCCAUUAAUGACUUUGAGGAUUCAUAUGGACAGGAAUGGACUAAAUAUCAGAGGAUGUACCUACAGUGGACUGGCUACACUGCCUUUUUUGUCAGCAUCACAAUUCAGCAAGUUGCUGAUUUGAUCAUCAGGAAAACACGAAGAAAUUCCAUUUUCCAGCAGGGUCUUUUCAGGAACAAAGUCAUUUGGGUGGGUAUAUUUUCCCAGAUAGGAAUUGCUCUGAUUCUUACCUAUGGUCUCGGACAUGCUACAGCCCUGAACUUCACACCGCUGAGGUUUCAGUACUGGUUUGUGGCUGUACCAUUUGCCAUCCUGAUAUGGGCCUAUGAUGAAGUCCGCAAGCUGUUUAUCAGGAGAUACCCAGGAAGCUGGUGGGACAAGAACAUGUAUUACUGAAACAAACCUUAUCCCUGGUCGCCUUCCUCCUUGUGGAGAGCUUCUUCCCCACCUGACACAGCCUCUGCUGCUUUAUCGUGCUGUCUGUGCAAUAUCAAGCAUGGGUUCACCCCAUGAAGGGGUGAAGAAAUGUCAUGAAUUUCAUGAAGAAAUAAGGACUUUAGAGGUUGAUAAAUUACCUCCCACUGUACUGUAAAGCUGACACUUGUCUAGAAAUUGAAAUGCUACCUGUUUUUGUAACAAGCACAAUUUUCCCUCAUUCAAACAUGAACUUGGAGAGCACUCCGAGAGGAAAACACACAUCAAGGAAAUAAAAAAAGACAGAAAAUCCAUAUAAUCUAAGGCAUUAAUUUGCACUAAAGGUGUUGUUUGCUGAUUUUCUUUUUUUGGUGGAACUGAAUUCCAAGCGAGUGCAUACGUAGAUCUGUACUACCUUACCAAGGGUAAAACUGCUGUAUAGGAAUAAUUUGAUAAUAAAAUUUUUUCCAGAAAA